AUGACAGGAACAAACCAUGAAAACACCAAGCUUUUGGUUCCACCAAAACAUUUGUCGUCUUACAAUCUCCGCAUCACCAUCAAUAUUCCCAUGGGCUUGUUUGUUAAACCCAGGGUUCCGUUUCUCAAGGGGUUGUUUAAGUUCGUGCUGAGAACAAAUCAUGUCCGCGGUGGGGAUGCUGAGAAUAGCAGCACGAGCAAGAAGAAACAUGGGGCGAAAUCUAGGAAGAGUUUCAAGAAGAGGGUUGGUGCUAUGUUUUCCAACGUCGUUGGUAACAAGAAGUCAUCGCCCGAGACAGACUCAGGGUCCUCCAGUGAUGAAAAUGGUGAGGCUUAUUGGAAUGGAGAUUGGGAUCAGAUGGAGAACUCGAAGAAAAUUGUUGAAAGAUCAGUUGGCAUGGAAUCGGCGAAAAUAACAAGAAAAAAAAGCAGUGCAAACGAUUUGAAUGGAGGAGUGCAACAGAUGGUUGUGGCAACGGGACUUGGAAUAUCCAAGUCACGCAUGUUCAAGGAAAUGCUGGAGGAUGAAGACAAAGAAGAGAAGAAAUUGAAGCAGGAAAAGCUGGAAGAUGAAGACAAAGAAGAAGAGAGAGUGGAGCAGCAGGACAAAGAAGAAGAAAGAGUGGAGCAGCAGGUUACAGUCAAGAAAUUCUUAAGCAAAAGGACUAAUUACGGCCUACAACUGAACAAAGCAGAAAUCAACAAGGCUGGUGUUGGUGACAAUGCUUUGAGCAUCAUUGUAGUAGGUGAUAGAGACGCAAACACUGUUGACACAAGGAAGACGGUGAUGGGGAAACAGGAGAAGAAAUCCAGUACAUCGAGAACAACACCGACCACCCGUCGGAAGCUAAAGAUUGCUUGGUCUAUGAAGAAGAUGAUGGGAGGAGCAACAGAGAAACAAGAACUUUGCAAGAAGAGGAUUCUGAUGGGAGUGAGGUGUAGGCCUAUUGCCACAAUUCAGUAUGAUGAGAAUGGCGUUUUGUUGCCUGAUAUUAACCCUUGA